AUGUUCAGAUCAAGUGUUCGAUUAUUUGUCCGACGAUUACUGGUUAAACCCAAUGAUUUGACAUAUGAGUUUAGAAAAUCCAUGAUUACAUCAUCUAAAGAUGAUUUCUAUUAUCCUUCAAUUUCCAAAAUUCGACAAAAGUUAUCACCAAGUCAACGAAUGAGAGUAAAAGAAUUUCGUGAAAUAUUUGAUUCAAAGAAUGAAUUUCUGGAUAAUGAUAAUAAUUAUCUACUUGAAGGAAGAAUUUUAAGUAUUAGAAAAGCAGGAAGAGCCAUGUAUUUUAUUGAUAUAAUUCAAGAUGAUGUAAAUGUACAAAUAAUGGCUACAAAUAAACUUAUGGAAAUGAAUAAAGAAGAAUUUGAUAGUAUUCAUGGAUUUUUCAAAAUUGGUGAUUAUAUUGCCGCAAGAGGUAAUGUUUCACGAACUAAAACUGGUGAAUUAACAUUGAAAUUGAAUCGUCCAAUAGAAAUGUUAACCCCUAGUUUAAAUCAAAUUCCAAAUAGACUUGUUGAUCGAGGAUUAAUUAAUAAUAAUCGCGUUCUUAAUUAUUUGGUAAAUCCAGAAUCAAAAAAUCCAAUUAUUAUCAAAUCUAAAGUGAUUCAAGCAAUAAGAAAAUUUUUAAUGGAUAGAGAAUUUUUAGAAGUAUCAACUCCAAUUUUAAGUGGGAAAGGAACUGGAGCUAAUGCUACACCAUUUAUUACUACUUUUAAAUCACAACAGGUUCAUCUUCGAGUAGCUCCAGAAUUAUGGUUGAAGAAAUUUGUUAUUGGUGGAUUUGAUAAAGUAUUUGAAAUUGGUAGUAAUUUUAGAAAUGAAGGGAUAGAUAUGACUCAUAAUCCUGAAUUUUCCACCUGUGAAUUUUAUCAAGCAUAUACUAGUUUAGAAGAAUUGAUGGAUUUAACUGAAGAAUUAUUUAAAUAUGUGUUUGCCAAAGUUGGAGGUGUUGAAUGUGAUUCAUUCCCAAAAUAUGAUUUCUUACCUACAUUGGAGAAACGUACUGGAUUGGCCAUACCAGAAUUAACACUCGAGGCGUUGUUGGGAUAUUAUAAGAAAUUAGAACUAGAAGUACCACCACAGCCAAACCCAGUGAAAUUGUUGAACAACUUGUCGGAGAUUUAUUUAGAGUCACUAUGUGAGGAACAUCCUAAGAAUACUCCUGUUUUUAUAUACAAUCAACCAGAAGUGAUGUCACCGUUUGGCUAA